AUCAUCAUUUACAAACAUAUAACGAUACUCCCGGGUUCAAACCAUUUACUCAGUUAAGAAUAACUUAUUUUUUUUAGGGACAUGUGGAUGUAGCCCGAUUGUUGUGAAAUUUACUACCUUUGGAAAUUAUUAUGAUCGUAAUUUUGGAAUCGUAAAUUGGGAAGAACCAGAAGACUUCACAUGUUCACAUAAGUACAUAAAUGAAAGAACAGAAAAAUCAAGACGUUACUUAUAAGUAUGUUCUAUACGGUGGAAAAAAUCACACCUGUUACGUUGUCAUCAACGUGAACAAAGGACAACGUAAUCAAGGUACAUACAAGGGUAUGAAUGGACUUUUCAUCAAACAUGUUCAGUCAAGAAGUUGUGUUUAUGAUCCUUCAGGAAACUAUCCUGGACACUUUCACUUGGAGUUAACAUGGAAUUGUUUUGACGAGACAGCUAAUUUUAAAUUUUUACAAUCUGGCUCAAUCUUGAAGCUGGAUACAACAAGUUGUCUUGUCAGACACGGCAACGGAAUUGGUUUGGUGUUAUCUAAUCGAAAUUUUAGUGAAGAAUGCAGCGCCAGCAAUGCCAUAACACAAACAUUUUGGGGAGGUCUAUUCUUUUCACGCUACAAUAAAUGUAUGGCAGGACCUGGCGUCUUGAAACUUGUCAGUUGUAAAAAUGAAGAAGAUCAGCGAUUCAAUUUUGGCAAGUGAGAAUAUUCAUCCAGUUAACGUAUAUAUACUUAAACCCUGAUUAAAAGCCACUGCAAGGCCGCAGAUAUAGGAAUGGUGCCAGUGAAGUCACUGCCAUCACACACUUUAUUUUUAUCAAAUCAAGUUUUAUUUUACAGGAAUUUAGAGAUAAGCUUGUAUAGAUAUGAAUUUACUUAUUAUUUGUGUGUCUUUAAUAGGCUCAGUAACAUGUGCUGGACAAAAUAUAACAAACGUCAGAUCUUCUAAUAAUCAAUAUAUGGUGAUAAAAGUUGCAGAAUAUCGUAGAUUAAGAAAAGGAAGCAUUUCUGGCUCAAGUCUUGAUUACAAUUGUAGUGUUGAUGUAACAUGUACUUUAAAAAUUACUGUGAUGGUGAAAGAAAUUGUAAUAUAACGGUUGAUGAUAAUCAUUUCCCUUCAAAUAUUUGUCCUGGUUUGGAGAAAUAUCUUUACUUUGAAUAUCAAUGUAACGACACAAGUAUGCCUUACUGAAAAAUUUGCAAUCGAUCAGUGACAUGUGCUGGACAAAAUAUAACAAACGUUGGAUGUCCUAAUGAUCAAUAUAUGGUGAUAAAAGUUGCAGAAUAUCGUGGAUUGAGAAAAGGAAGCAUUUGUGGCUCCAGUUAUGACCACAAUUGUAGUGUUGAUGUAACAUGUGACCUUAAAAAUUACUGUGAGGGUGAAAGAAAAAGUAAUAUAACUGUUGAUGAUAAUCACUUUCCUUCAAGUAUUUGUCCUGGUUUGGAGAAAUAUCUUUACUUUGAAUAUCAAUGUAACGAAACAAGUAUGCCAUACUGAAAAAUUUGCAAUCUUAUGGAUGUACGCCUGUCUCAGUCGAAUCUUCCGAACGAAGGUGUCGUGAAUGUUAUUACCAAGCUUAGAAACUUCACCAUUUGCAACAAAGGUCUUUUGCACAAAAUAAAUACGAUUAUUUGUAAACAACUUGGUUAUCCUACCGCAGCAUCUGUGGAAUGCUCAUUGUCACUAUCAUCUUUGAUGCAUCAAUCGUUUAUACCUGGAAAUGUCAAAUGUGAUGCUCGAGUGAAUGAUUUAUCUCAAUGUGCUAUCAUUCAAAAUAAUGAUUGCUCUCAAUACUCGUACGUUACAUGUCAUGUUUGUGAUAAUCCUCUAUUAAAAAACGCAGAAAAAUUCCCAGAUUCUUGGUUUACUGCCUUCCCAAAGAGUCGUAGUGCUUCUAAAGCAAGAAUAUCCAGUGGUAGUUCAUGUUGUGCUCCUGCUGCAGAUGGCAAUUAUUAUUUUCAACUGAAUUUCCCAAGUCUUUAUACAGUUAACGUUAUCGCAAUCUUUGGUGACAGUUCAAGUUCAAGCUUCGUAACUAAAUAUCACUUGCAGACAAACAUUGAUGGUGUGAACUGGAAAUCUGAAAAAUCCCAGAAUAUUUAUCUAGGAAACAAAAAUGGUUACAAUAAUGCAGCUAUUGAAAAGUUUUCUGGUGGCCUUAAAUCAAAAGCUUUGCGAAUCUUUCCAUUGAAAUUUGUUGGUGCACCGUGUAUACGAGUUGAAAUUUGUGGUGGAGACUUACUCCCAGACAAACCAACAGAUCUCAUUGCAACCAAAUCUGCAUCGACGUACCUCGAGAUAUCAUGGAAACAUCCCCAAAACACUGGUGUAAAACUUGGUACAAAUAUCUCGAAUCCUCUCACAAGAUAUGUAUUGAUUUUGCUAAAGGAUACUAUGAUUGUUUUCGAUAAAACUUUGGAGGUAACUGACAAAAAACCGUACAACAUUACGAAUCUUGUUCCUUACGCAACGUAUAAAGUUAAUGUAACCGCUGGCAAUUCUGAAGGCUUUGGUAGAUCAACUACAGCUACUUUUAAAACUGCUGAAGAUGUGGCACCUGAACUGUCCACCAAGCAGAUUGGAAGUACGUUGACUUAUUUGUUGCAAAAUCCAAAUUUGGAAUACCGAUAUUUCUAUGUAGUCGCGAUGAAAAAUGGCACAGAAGAGAGUCGACUGCCUUCUAACUUUAAAAACACAGACUUAAUGACUUAUUCUAAGGCCAUAUCUUCCACACAACCAAUACCGUAUAUUGCUGUUGUAGUCUCUCGCAGAGACUUUACGCCUGAUUUUACACUUGGUGAUGGUGAAAACACAACACGGCGUUCCAAUGGUGAAAAUUAUUAUAAUGGCCCGCUAAAGCCUGGCACUAGCUACAAAAUAUUUCAGCGCGUUUUCAUGAAUUAUCAUGAUGAUUACUAUUCCACUGACUGGAGUCCAGUGGCAACAACUGCCCAAAAGCACAAGUCUUCAGACGGUGGAAACACUGGAGCUAUUGCUGGUGCAGUUGUAGCUGCUGUUUUGGUCAUUAUUCUUGUCAUAUUGGGCAUUCUUUUUGUUAGGAUCAAUUCAAACUCUGCUACCGUGCAGUGAACUGCGUAUUGUAGUCAUUCGACGGCUACUAAAAGUUCUCAAAAAUGGGGGAAGUUGAAUUUUUUACGCGAUAUUAUAAGACGUUUUCUGAAAUUUAGCGUACUAUAAAAGAAUAUAAUUAAACAAAAAAUUUUAUUUCCUUUUUAACUAUAAGAGUGAACGAGAGUGAAUGAUUCUGAACAAUAUUUGAAAACAGUUGGAACAUAACAUCAAAUUUUUAGACUAAGGAUGUAGUCAAUAGUUGAAAUAGGAUAAUGGCUGUAAUACUUUUUAUCUAAAUACAUUAAAUAAGAAAUAAAGUUAAAUUACAAACAAA